AUGGUGGCCAUCACAGAGUUCCAGAAGAUUGGCAUUGGUCUGAUGGGAUUCGUUAUUUUCAUGCUCUUUGGUGUGCUGCUGUAUUUUGACUCUGUCCUGCUGGCCUUUGGGAAUAUUCUGUUUCUGACUGGUUUGACGUUCAUCAUCGGCUUCAAGAGGACAGCCUACUUCUUCUUCCAAAGACAAAAGUUCCGGGGUUCUCUCUUCUUCCUGGGAGGUGUGUCUCUGGUGCUGUGCCGUUGGCCAUUCAUUGGAAUGCUGGUGGAAAGUUAUGGCUUUGUGCUUUUAUUCAGGUCCUUCUUCCCCAUGGCGUUGGGAUUUGUGCUGUCGACCGUGAAUAUCCCUUUCCUCAGUGCAUUUCUCCCCAGCAGCUCCUCCAUGGUCUGAGCAGAAGAACAUGUUGCAGCAGGGAAGAAAUGAUGGAUGCCCUUUGACUGACUGUGACUCACAUACUGGGUGUGCAGAGGGGGAGAACUGAUGACUACCUGCAUGAUAACUGAACUGUUGCUCUCAUUUAUCUUUAGAUGACCAGCAAGAAUAAUUUAUUUUUUUUACAAUGUACUGUAUUUUGUACCAUAUAAGGUUACAAUUAAUCACAGUCAAAUAAGCUGCUUAAAAGCUACACUAACAUAAAGGAGCAAUGUGUAGCAUUUAGGGGGAUCUAUUGGCAAAAAAGUAUGUUUUCUUUAGUGUAUAAUAGAUGUCCCUAGAUGUUACACACUGUAGCCUACCUUUAAAACCUUACAGAAUUUAAAAACAAUCUUGCAGUUGUACAGGAUGUUUUCCAUCUAACUUUACAAUAACUCACUGUUUUAUUUAACCUUGUUAAUAUCUUGUUGUAGAAAAAUAAAUGUUCCUAUAUUGUCUGACAGUUUUACAUACUGUAUAAUAUUCCUAGUGGGUGUGUUCAUGGGACCAUCAUUCCACAUGUUCCUAAAGCAGAUGAUUUAAUGAUAACCAGUAAAAACAAUGUUGCAUGUUGCAUACUCGUUUAGUUUAAUACAUGUUAAUGUUAUAAUAUUCUAAGUAAUAUUUUUGACAAUAAUAUUCACAAACUCUUACAAAGUUCCUUCACACUCAAGCAGGAUCCACAAAAAAAA